ACGCCACCAUUUCCAAUCAUCAAUCCCAAUCCACAGCCAGCACCAUCAUAUGCUGGGGAUUUCUCCGUCUAAAAGAGACGGUGAGAUCUUAGCACCUUGAUGUGGGUCCAACACUCCGGCGUUGGGCCCCAUCGGAUUUCCCAGGAAUCAUAACGGCGACUACAACACGAUACCCCACAAGUUCAAAACUGCUUUUAAGUCUCAGCGUUAUACCUUUUCCUUGAGAAAUUCCGUUUUCCUUUUCGCUCUUCUCUGUUUCUCAUCCCGGGUUUCUUCUAAUUUCCACCGUCGCUGCUUGGUUUUACUCCUCGUGAUUUGCGAAUCAGGCAGCUAGACUCGAGCUGACAUGAGCAGGAAGCCAUGUCAAUGGCAACUUGAGUAGAACUCUAUCUUGAGCUUGGUUUGAGCUGCUUCUGCUGCAAUGUGGAUUUGUUGUGGUUUAGGUCUGUUAAGUUGUUAUGAGGUCAAAUUGAAAGUUACAAAAUUUGAUGCGCACAUGCAGCAGAUUUUACUUGUUUGGAUCCAAGCUGUAUACGUAUGAUUGUAGAGUAUAAUGGUAUUGACUAAAAUGGGAAAUCCCUUUCGUGGUGGAAGCAUAAGGAAACCAAAUGAGGCAAUGAGGCUUAUAGUAACAACUUUUGUUGGAGUUAUAUUUGGUUUCUUCUUAGGAGUUUCAUUUCCAACACUCUCAUUAACAAAGCUGAACCUCCCAUCCAGCCUCUUUCCUUCAAUUGAUCUUACUUAUAUUGAGGACAAGUACUCUGGCCUUUCAACCAAUUCUCUCUUAAACGCUUUGUCCUCUUUGAAGGGUCGUAGAAGCAGUUCCUCAGGAUCUUACAUGCUUAACGACACACAGAUUUGGGUUCCUACAAAUCCUCCGGGUGCUGAAAGGCUACCACCUGGCAUAGUUGUAUCUGAAUCAGAUUUCUACCUCCGGCGUUUGUGGGGUCUGCCUGAUGAGGACUUGACCAUCAAACCACAAUAUCUUGUAACUUUUACUGUUGGGUAUGAUCAGAAAAAAAAUAUUGAUGCAGCAAUUAAAAAGUUUUCAGAGAACUUUACCAUUGUCUUGUUCCACUAUGAUGGUCGAACAAGUGAAUGGGAUGAGUUUGAGUGGUCAAAACGGGCUAUCCAUGUGAGCAUUCAGAAGCAAACAAAAUGGUGGUAUGCCAAGCGUUUUUUACAUCCUGACAUCGUGGCAGCCUAUGACUACAUCUUUAUUUGGGAUGAGGAUCUUGGUGUGGAGCACUUUGAUUCAGAGGAAUACAUAAAACUGGUCAGAAAGCAUGGUUUGGAGAUUUCACAGCCUGGUUUGGAACCAAAUAAUGGGUUAACAUGGCAGAUGACAAAGCGGAGAGGUAACAGCGAAGUUCACAAGGACACUGAGGAGAAGCCUGGUUGGUGUACUGAUCCACAUUUACCACCAUGUGCAGCAUUUGUUGAGAUUAUGGCAACCGUAUUUUCUCGAGAUGCAUGGCGUUGUGUUUGGCAUAUGAUUCAGAAUGACCUGGUUCAUGGAUGGGGUCUGGAUUUUGCUCUUAGAAAAUGUGUGGAGCCUGCACAUGAGAAGAUAGGAGUUGUAGAUGCACAGUGGAUUGUUCAUCAAAGUGUUCCUUCGCUUGGGAACCAAGGGAAAGCUGACAAUGGGAGGGCACCUUGGGAAGGGGUGAGGGAGAGGUGCAGAAGAGAAUGGACAAUGUUUCAAGAACGAAUGGCUAGCGCAGAGACAGCCUACUAUCAGGCAAUGGGAGUUGACCCCCCAAAUUCAACAGCUCGUUAAACAAGGGGAUGAAAGGCAGUAGAAACAGGGGAGCUUGUAAAAUCACCACUUCGUUUGAAUUUUCAGCGUUGUAGCAGAAUCCUCUUUUCUGAUUUUUUGCUCAGAAGAUUCCAUAUGCUUGUCCAAGAAACAUGAGAAGCCAAAAAGAAAGAAAAUGCGGAUUCUUGCUAAGGAUACUUCCCCAUGUCAAUUAGCUGCAAAUUACUUGUAGAAAAUCCCAAUGUCAUAUACAUUUUGAAAUGGGUAAGUAUUGAAGUUGCCGUUAUCUUUCA